UCCGACAAUUUAAUAUUUUAAUAGUAUUCAAAGUUUCUCAGUUUCUCUGCUGGAAUUAUUGCGGCAAAUUUCUGCAACAUAUGGCAACGUAUUCAUAUUUUCCUACAGCUUGUUGCAAACAUGAACUGUAUUCGUAUUGGUGCUGUUCUUUUCCUUUGUUGUUGUUACGUGGUAUUUGAAUUAUUAGGGGAGAAGGCUACAAGCAAUGUUAAACCCCAAGAUGAUACAGUCACUGAGCAAACUCAGCUUGAGUUUGAUGCUGUUCAAAAGCUUCACAUCCAUUUGGAUGAUGAUAAUGAUGGUGAUGUGGAUUUUUCUGAAUCUGAGGAGUUUUUAAAACAUGAAUUGAAAGUGAAAGAUCAUAAACGUCAUUCAAAGUUUCAUUCGGGUGAUGGUUCGAUUAGUGUUAAUGACCUCUGGAAAGCAUGGCAAAAAAGUGAAGUCAGUAAAUGGUCACCUCAUGAUGUUGCAAACUGGUUAACACAUGAUGUUAAUUUGCCCCAACAUGUUGAAGUCUUUACGAAAAACAAAAUAAAUGGACAUCAUCUACCAAGGUUGGCUUCGCCGGUCGAUGGUAUAUUGUUGAAUGAUUUGAAAAUUACAAAUAUAAUUGAGAGAAAAAAGAUUGCAUUAAGAGCAAUGGAUGUUGUUCUCUUUGGUGCUCCCAGAAGGCAUAACUAUUUAAAAGACUUCGUAUUGGGGUUGAUGGUUCUUGUUGCAAUGAUGGGAUUCUGGUUUUCCAAUGUACAAAAACGUAAAGCUCAAAAGCAAAUGGAAUCCAUGACGAAAGAUAUAGAAUUUUUGCAAGAUGCAGAGAAAAACCUAACCAGUCUUCAAAAUAGGCUUAAAGAAGCUGAGACAAAUCAUCAAGUAGUUCAACAAGAAAAGUUUCAAUUGGAAAGUAAUCUCAAAGACGAAAUUGAAGCGGCUAAGCGUGAAGCACAGCGUCUUCGAGAGGCACGAGAAGACCACUCGGAAGAAAUUCACACUCGACUUAAAUUGGCUGAACAAGAAUUGGUUCAGGUAAGAGAGGCACUGCAGAAAGCAGAAAAAGAAGUUGAGUAUUUGUCUUCGGAAAUGAGUUCCUCUCUACAGAAAUGGCUUCGAAUCACAUAUCAAAAAGAAGUGAAAAAUUUCCAGUAUCGACGUAACGUUGCAAUGAAGAAGAUGGAAGAAGCCAAAGAUGCUUGUUACAGAUUGAAGCGUAAACGUGGUUCAAUGUUUGGUGCAUUGCGUCUUGCUCAUGAUCAAAAUAUUGAUGAUGUUGAUCAAAGAAUACUUGCAGCUCGAACGUCGUUGGCAGAAGUAACAAGUGACUUAGAAGAACUUCAAUAUCGUUGGCAACAAAUAGAAACAUCUUGUCGUCUUGAACUUGGUGUUUGUACGUCGUUUUUAUGCAAUGAGUCGACUGACUCACCCGUCAAUGCAUCACGACUAGGGCAGUCUGUCAAGUCGGCUGCUGGAUUAGGAUCAGCUGGCACUACCUCUCGCGAAUCCCUUUCGUAUCAUCGAGUAUACACAUAUCCCUCACUUUUAACUGCGGAAGAGAAUCCCUCUCCUUACCAAACGUUGGGAAAGUCAUAUGAAAGACAUUCCUCUGAUCCGAGUGGGAGAACGAGUGAGCGGCCUACUACCGAAGAAUUGGAAUGUAACGGAGAUGAUGUAAAUGGCAGGUACACUGAAUCUGUUGACGGUGUAGAUGAUUGCAGCGGGAGUGAAUUUGAACGAAACAUUGAUUCCGAGUAUUCUCUCAGUCAACAAGACAUCACUGAUGUUCUUACUGAGGGGGAACAAUUAGUUAAAAUUACAAAAAAGAAUUCCGGUGAAAAUGGGUCAUUUUGGAAUGACAAAUCCAAGAGUCAUUCAUUCUCCAGUUCAGAGAGUAAAAACACAGGAUUUAAAAAGAAGUGGUGGUCUCGAGGGAAGAAACACCAUAGCGAGGACGGAAAUUAUGAAACAAACUCAAUUCAAUCGUCCAAAUCGAAAGGCUCAAUGCCCAUAUUAUCGCAAAGGUAGUUUAUUUGUAGGGAAACACAGGGAAAAUUAUUGUAGAAACUAAUCUUAGUCACCUGGGUUGUAUAUAUAGUUGUCCAUAGAAAUUAUAUUUAAUUUUUUUAUGAUGCGUAUUGACAAUAUAACAACCAUGCAAUAAUGCAUUUUAACACUCUUGCAGCUUGUCAGCCUCUUAACGUGGGUUUUAUUUAACAGUUUAUUAAUGGCCCGAUUUAUACUAGCCAUGUAUCAUCUGCAGAUGUAUCAUCUGUCUAAGUAUAAACACAAGGCGAACUAUCUAGACGAACUAUGUCAUAUUGGAUUUUUUUGGCGAAAUCCGCUGAAUGUGUGUUACGAAGUAUCGGUUUUUCUGUAGUUCGUUCACAUGCCGUAUUUAUACUCGCAGAUAAUUCGUGUUAACGGAUGAUCCCUGUUUGCCCGUGUUUAUACACAGACGAACUAGAAGGCGAACUAUUUUUCGCUUGCUCAAGUUCGUCCAGACGGAUGAUCCGUCUCUAGUAUAAAUCAAGCCAAUCAAACUAACCAGAAAAUUCCUGGAAAAAUUGUCUAAUUCGUUGUAUUAUAAGAUGUCAUAUUUUGAAGAACCGCCCAUGCAAGUUAAAUUUUAAAAGGCGUUGAUACGAUUUAUGAAUAACAUUAAAUAACUGAGAAGACGCGCAAUGAUUUCUCAAUACUUUAAUGCAUGCAUGUGACUUUUUUUAAUGCGAUCGGGGUUUUGCUAGGCCUAGGGAAAUGAAUAUGUAAAAAUACAUUCUAGAUGUAUAUAUUUUGUAUACAAGAAUUUGACCAUUAAUAUUCUUAAUUUAAUACGCAGCACAGCAGAAUGUUUGACUAUAAUAUAUGGUGCAUGUUCUUCACUUAACUCUUAAGUAAUUCCGUCAAGCGUCAUGCAAGCUAUUUUUCAUGAACAGUAAACAAUAUCUCUUCAAGGAAAAUGAAAAACUAACUCUUCAAAAUAUAAUUUCAGCUCAAGAAAAAUGGAAAACAAUUAAAUAGUA